UGAUCGUCGAUACUAACACUGUUCAGCUGUUACCCAUACCGCCGUAGAAUGCUGUGCUCCAUAACAGACCUACAGUUUAUAUACUGUACGUAUUUGUAGCAUUUGUAAGUCAUGAUUUCUAAUAGAAGUAGUAACCAAAGCGAUUAUAAAAGAGCAGCCAUAUUCAUGUCUGUAAUUGGAUUGUUCGUAAAGGAGUGUGUCAUAUUUCGUUUGUGAUAUUAUAUCAACAUGGCUCCCAUUCGCGUCGCCCUCGUCGGCCUAUCGUCGUCCGCGAAGACGUCUUGGGCUGCCCAAGCUCACCUACCAUACCUUCUAUCAUCGCGAGGAAAGUCUCAUUAUGAGAUAGUCGCUCUACUCAACUCGAGUGUCUCAGCGGCGGAGUUAGCACGAGCCUAUUUUGCACUCCCUUCGGGUGUGAAAGCUUAUGGUGAUCCGAACAAACUAGCUUCAGAUCCGGAUGUUGAUCUCGUCGUAUGCUGUACUCGAGUCGAUACUCAUAGUCCGACAACAGGGCCAUCUAUACGAGCAGGAAAGGCCGUGUAUAUCGAAUGGCCUCUCACUGAAAACUACGAGGAAGCUGUCGCUGUGACGGGGAACAGACGCUUGGAUAAUAGCAUCAUCGGGCUUCAAGGAAGAGUCUCGCCAAUCGUCAUCAAGCUCAAGGAAAUCCUCAAAUCCGGACGAAUAGGGCGAGUCUUGAGUAGUGAAGUUCGUGCCUAUGGCAAUCUUCGGCGCAGAGAUUUUAUGUCGGAGGACCUUGCCUACUUCUUGGAUCGUAAAGUAGGAGGAAAUGGCGUCACUAUUGGUUAUGCGCAUACUAUCGACUACGUACACGAAGUACUUGGGGAGUUCGCUUCGUUUCAGAGCCAGAUGCAGGUCCAGCGGCCAAUUGUCAAGAUCACCGGAAAAGACGGCUCUCAAAUCGGCGAAGCGCCGAACGAUGUACCGGAUUAUCUAGCAGUUCAUGGUGAACUGGCCAAAGGCAAGGCAGAUCUCGCGGAAAAUGCCAUAUUGACCGCUACCUACAGGAGUGGCCAAGAGUUUAAGGGAACACCGGGUUUCGUGUGGAUCAUCAAUGGUGACUUAGGCGAAAUCAUGGUAACAGCAAGCGGCGCAUAUGUCCAUUCGGAUUCGUACAAAGACCCGAUUGAUAUUAAAAUCCAUGAUUUUGCUACGGAAGAGGUAGUCGAUGUGGCUUGGGAUUGGGAAGAAUGGCAGUUGGAGCUUCCAUACCGAUCUAGAAUCGUGGCCGAAUUAUAUGAGAGGUUCGCCCAUUGGUGGGAGAAUGGUAAACCGGCUGGUGAUAUUCCUGAUGAGCAAAAUUGGCCGCGUCUUCAUGAUGCUGUCGAGAGAAUGAAGGAGUUGGAUGAGGUCUUUAGACAGUAUGAUGCGCAGAGAAAUGCGUGAGAUAUUAGAGGCGACAUGUACAAUCUUAAUCUAGUGGUUCUCCCUUUUAGUACACUGCAAUAAUAACGUCUCGAUUUGACCACGUUCUUCGUCCAAAAUAUGGCAGUGGUUCAACUUGGCUCAGGUAGUUAUAUCUUCGUAUUCAGUUCCGAGUUUCAAUAUCCAUUAGCCAUAGUUAGAGAUAUUAAACCGAGGUUGUUGUCAAUCCCGAAUUGAAGUGAACUACUACCUCUAAGUGUUACGCGUCCUAGGAGUAGAGAAUGGGGAAUGAAAAGGGUUUCAAUUCAUAUCAAUAAUAAGAUCAGGUAAUUAAGUAACACCACUAAGACGU